UCAAAGCCCAAGUCCAAAAACAAAAUGGAAGUCGACUUUACACUUUCCAAUUUCCAAAAUUUCCACCCAAACCCCCGCGCCCAACUUCUUCCCUUUGACGCCUACCCCCACUCGACUGCUACACACUCUUCUGCUACAUGUAUUCAUCUAUUUGUACCUAUACGACCCAGAUUUGAUUCUCUCUUUAUACACGACAGUUGUAAUUCCCCUUUUUAACUCAAUUCUCUAUGUACCCUUUUCAUUAACUUCUCUAAUUCCCCCAAAUUCUUGGUUCUUGAUGCGCCUUUUUUUGAACAAACCCAGUUUUAGUAUUCCAAUCAAUAUUAUUCGAUCUGCUUUCUUUAAUAGCAACAGAAGAUACCCUUUACCCGUUAAGAAUCACAAUCUCAAUUUCUUUUUCAGAAGAAUUUCAUCAAUGGCGACAACUCCAAAGCCAAAUGAAGAAGGGGCCGCGAAGCGUUUUUGGGAUAAAUUUAGUAAGGAAUCGAAUUUGACACUCUACACGCCUUUUGUGGUCUCUUUGGCUUCUGGGAAUCUUAAGAUUGAUACAUUUGGACAUUAUGUCGCUCAGGAUGUUCAUUUUUUCAAAUGCUUUGCUCAAGCAUAUGAAUUAGCAGAGGAUUGUGCAGAUGAUGAUGAUGCUAAGGAUUCCAUUGUUGAAUUAAGAAAGAAUGUUCUCUACGAGCUUAGACAUCAUGCCUCUUUUGUUCAAGAAUGGGGUGUAGACUUAUCAAAAGAAACAACACCAAAUGCUGCAACAACAAAAUACACAAAUUUCUUAUUAGCAACUGCAUCUGGGAAAGUUGAAGGAGUAAAAGGUCCAGGAGAACUUGCAACUCCUUUUGAGAAAACUAAGGUUGCAGCUUAUACAUUAAGUGCAAUGGCUCCUUUCAUGAGGCUUUAUGUUUUUCUUGGAAAUGAGCUUAAAUCAUUUGUUGAUGUUGAUGGAGAUGAACACCCUUACAAGAAGUUGAUUCACAAAUACUCCUCUGAAAGUUAUCAGGCAACAAUGCUUCAAAUCGAAGACUUAUUGGACAAAUUAAGUGUCUCUUUGACUGGUCAAGAACUCGAUACAAUGCAAAAGCUUUAUCAUCAAGCAUUGAAACUUGAGAUGGAAUUCUUUUUAGCUCAACCUCUUCAUCAACCAACUGUUCUUCCAUUAUCAAAGCAGCAUAUUCCUUCAGAAAAUCAACUCAUGAUUUUUUCUGAUUUCGAUUUGACAUGCUCAGUUGUUGAUUCAUCUGCCAUUUUAGCUGAGAUUGCUAUAGUUACUGCACCAAAAUCUGAUCAAAGUCAACCCGAAAGUCAAAGUCAAAGUCAAAUUGUUAGGAUGCCUUCAGCUGACUUGAGAAACACAUGGGAGAUGCUCUCAAAAGAGUACACUGAAGAGUAUGAACAGUGUAUGGAAAGUAUGUUGGCCAAUGAAAAAGUUGAGAGUUUUGAGUAUGAAGGGCUGAAGAAAGCAGUUGAAGAACUAGUGGAAUUUGAGAGAAAAGCAAACAUGAAAGUGAUUGAAUCAGAAGUGCUGAAGGGAUUAAAUCUUGAAGAUAUAAAACGUGCAGGAGAACGUCUUAUUAUGCUUGAUGGAUGCAUGGGUUUCUUUCAAAGCAUCAUCAACAAUCAAAACUUAAAUGUCAAUGUUCAUGUCUUAUCAUAUUGUUGGUGUGCUGAUCUUAUUAGAUCAGCUUUCUCAUCAGGAGGUCUACACCAAAUCAACAUACACGCAAACGAAUUCGAAUACCAAAAUUCAUUAUCCACAGGAGAAAUCAUCAAAAAAGUCGAAUCCCCAAUCGACAAGCUUCAAGCUUUCACCAACAUUCUCAAAAACAAUCCACAAACGGGCCCCACAAAUCUCACAAUCUACAUCGGGGACUCAGUUGGAGACUUGCUAUGCCUUCUAGAAGCUGACAUAGGCAUAGUCAUAGGGUCAAGUUCAAGUCUAAGAAGAAUCGGGACCCACUUUGGCGUAUCUUUUGUCCCUUUAUUUCCCUCUUUAGUCAAGAAACAAAAGGAAUGUAUCGAAGGAAGCUCUUUUAAAUGGAAGGGGCUUUCGGGUGUUCUUUAUACGGUUUCUAGUUGGGCUGAAGUACAUUCUUUUAUAAUUGGUCUUUAAAAAGAAAGAAAGAAAGAAAGAAACUGGUUUUUAUGUGUAGUAGUUAUAGCAUGAAGAAAAAAGAGGUGUCUUUACGUAUAAUAGAAGGAAGAUACAACUUCUCAUGGCUGAUUUUAUUACUAGCCAUUGCUUAUUUUUCAUAAUCUUGGCAUAUUUUGUUUCAUCUUUUGUAAUAGGUUUUUGGCUCAUAUAUGGAUGCCAUUGUUUUGGGAUGCGAAUUCGUGAAAUGGGCUGAGAGAUUUUGUUGCAGAGAUGAAUGGUUUCUUCAUAAGAUGGGUGGGAGGAUCUAUUAUCAUAAUUCAAAGUUUUGACUUUUGUUUCUACUUUGAUAUAAUUCAGAUUUUGAUUCAAAUUUUUGGUUGGUAAAUAUGUGAAAACUCUUGUGAUGGUUCAAAUUUAAUGCACCAGAUGAUGUUUUUCUA